GUACGCACCGCUAUCGUUUCGUUCAAUACGCAAAGACGGAAAGGAUGUGGUUCAAGCUAACGUUGCUGCUGGUGGCCGCCAUUGCCUGGGGCGGUUCGGCCGAACAGGCACGGUUCGACAACUACCGCGUGUAUGAGGUGUCGAUCGAGACGGAACGGCAGCUGAAGACGCUCCAGCAUCUGGAGCUGAAUCCCGAUGGGUACAGCUUCUGGGAAUCCCCGGUGCAGACCAACAUGCGCCUGAGCAUCGUGGUGCCGCCGCACAAGUUUGCCCACUUCGAGGAGCUCUCGGUGGCGCUUGCACUGAAGACACGCCUGCAGAUUGAAGACUUCCAGAAAGUGAUCGACAACGAACGUCCGAUGCGCAGUACGCGCGCCACCUUCGGCUGGACCGACUACUACACCGUGGAUGAGAUCUACGCCUGGAUGGAUCAGAUGGUCGCGCAGAAUCCUACCAUUCUGUCCGGUUCGGUGUACGGCAAAUCGUUCGAGGGACGUGAUCUGAAGGCGAUCAAGCUGUCGCACAAGGCCGGCAAUCCGGGUAUCUUCAUUGAGGCUAACAUUCACGCUCGCGAGUGGAUCUCGUCCGCUACUGCUACGUGGCUGCUGAACGAGCUGGUUACGUCGAGCAACGCUGCCGUGCAGAACUUGGCCCAGAACUACGAUUGGUACUUCAUCAUGGUCGCUAAUCCUGAUGGUUUGACCUACAGCAAGACCACGAACCGUCAAUGGCGCAAGACUCGUCAGCCAGUCAAUGCACUCUGCGUUGGUGCUGAUCCUAACCGCAACUUUGACUACAUGUGGAUGACCGGUGGAGCUUCAUCCGUCCCCUGCUCGGACACGUUUGCCGGAUUGACCGCCUUCUCCGAGCCGGAAACGAAAGCCAUGGCUGACUACUACGCGACGAUUGCGGACAAAAUCAACAUCCAGUUCUCGUUCCACUCUUACGGCCAGUACCUGCUGACUCCGUUCGGAUUCAGUGGUGCUCCUCUCCCUUCGAACAAUGCCGAUCUGCAGCGUAUUGCCGCUGUUACGGCUGCCGCGAUCGAGGCUACCUAUGGAACGCGCUAUACCUAUGGCAACAGUGCCAGUGUGCUGUAUACCACCUCUGGAAGCACGGUCGACUACUUUGUCGGAGUGCACGGUACCAAGCUCGGAUUCACCUUCGAGUUCCGCGACACCGGAGCAACCGGAUUCGUUCUUCCCGCUAACCAGAUCAUCCCGAACGCGGAAGAAACGCUCAACGGCAUCAUUGCCUUCGUGGCCGAAGCCAAGACCCUUGGAUACGUCUAAACGGCACUGCCUGUUUUUAUUUCCCUAUUCCAAUAAAGCAAUACAACUAAACUUAAAA